AUGAUCGACGUCAAAGUUUCAUGGCAUUUACAUAAAAAUCGACUAAUCUCUAGUGUUAAUUCGUCGACAAUGCCCGAAAGAUUCAUACAUCGAAAUCUAUCGUCACAAAUGCUUUUCAAUAUAAUCGACGUUUCGGAUGUUCAACCUGGCGAUCAUCUCUAUCGAUAUCGAUGGUUUGAAGUUCAAGAAGGUAUUGCCGUUCAAAGCUCGCAGCUUGCUCCUAUCUUAGUUUUGACUUAUGUGAAGAAUACACUUCGAUUAUUGACGUUGAAUGAAUUCAAAGGACGAAGUUGCUUGAGACGAGUGAUUUACAAACAAACUAACAAUUGUUUUAAAACAACGCGAAAUAUAUGCACUCGUCCGCCGGAAGAAAUCGUUCAAAAUGCCUUCCUUCUGUUUGAAUGGAUUAAGAAAUCGCCCGAUCGUGUACGAACACUUUUCCCCAAUGAUCUAUCUCAAUUCGCUCGACAAUGUUGUACGACAGUGCAUGAACAGUGGCGUGGCCGAUUUCAAUCGAUAUCCGAACAACUAUCGACGAAGAAACUGUUCGAGAAAGAAAAAAAAUCACGGAAGAGUAAAGCAUUCAAUGCUGCGCUUCUAUCCGGUAUGCCGUUUCGACAAGCUUCUCAGAUCGGAAAAGAAGACUUUUGGAAUGAGAAUGGUUUAUCUCAAACUGAAAAAAAUUCGAUUACUACAGUAGAUGUUGCAGAUGAACCUCUCAUAUUCACUUCGACGCCGAUAGACGAUUCUUCAGACGAAAAUGUAUCUCUAAUCUAA